CCACCUCUCCUCCUCUCCGCCCAUCCCCCUCCUCCCCGUCUCCCCCUCUCCUCUUCACAGCCCCCACUUAGCCCCUCUCCCCCCUCCCCUUCCGCUGGUGGUGAUCGCGCACGCGCGAGUACGCCUACCUCCUUCUCUUUCUCCUCGCUUGCGCUGUUGAUGGCCUGCUCCCCUCCGGCGGGCGCGCCCUGCAUCCGCGUGAGAUAGCAUGGCUUCCCUGACAACCACCAGCGUUGGUGGUGACCUCGGUGGCCGGGCCCUCGGCCGGCACGCAGCCGGGCCCAUCCGGGCCUCCGGGGUGUCCACUCCGGCAAUCCCCUCUCCCACCGUGGAGGAGUCUCUCCCCGAACUGAUGAGCCCGGAGGUUCUCACCGCCGGGGCCCUCCCCUCGGAGAAGCGCCUUGUCGAUUAUGUCCUCCUGUGUGGCGUCCCGGAUGCCGAUGCCCGGGCGUGCUUUCCCCCCGGGCCGGAGGUCCCGCCUGGCAGCGCGGUUCUCCACCGUCUCGAGCCAAAGGUCCUCUCCCGGUACCCGGAUGCCUCUGGUAAUCGGCCGGACUUUGCCCUCGAUGAAGUGGCCGUCCCUUGGAUGUGCUUCCCGGCCGAUGUGCCGGUUUUCGUCCGACGCAGCCCCCCAGCUCUGCCGCCUCCGUCGGUUGGCGGAUCGGUGUCCAAGUUCCUCCCUCCGGCGGCCAUUCCCCCGGUGGCAGAGCCACCGAGCGUCAGCGCCUCCUCCACUCCCCCGGGUGCCUCGACGGGCGGCCCGUCGCCCAGCAAGCGCCCAAUUCGCGCCACCUCCGAGGGCAUCGGCCUGCAAACGCGCUACCAUGGAUUUGUCCUGACCAAGCUCUGCGGGACUCGUGCCUACGGCUACUGUCUGACUUUUGAGGAAACCUUCGCGGCACUCCCCCUGGUGACGCCGGAGUCCUUUGCCCCUCCGUCGUCUGGCAUCCUGGACGUCCCGUCCGGCGGCGAGGCCCAAGACACCACCAUGACCACGCCUCUUUGGUAUACCACGUCCCUCUGCCUGUGCAUCAUUUCGCACCAUCCGCUGCACUCCUUCUUCCGCGCGGUGCUGGAGCAUCUCCACUCAUACUCCCUGGACCCGGCCCUCAUGAAGCAAAUGCCCUUCGAGGUGCUGAUCGGCUACUUGGCCAAUGAUGUGCCGAUCGCCGUUCCCGGAGCCGUGGCCAUGCACGUGCCCUUCCGCAUGGCAGCCACCUCCGGGGCACACCCCAAGCAGCGCCUCGACCCGAGCACCGUAGCCAUCUUGCAGAUCCCCAUUGACAACGGCCUGCCGCCACUUUCCAUCCACAUCCGACCCAUGCUCGAGUGCCUUGGUGUGGACAAUAUUCUGGUCAUCCUGGGCGCCAUCCUCCUCGAGCAGAAGGUCAUUUUCGUGUCCCGGUACAGCGACCUCCUGCUGGCAGUGCUGGAGUCCUUCUGCCAGCUGCUCUUUCCCUUCCAAUGGCCGCAUGUGUACAUCCCCUGCCUGCCUUACCGGCUGCGGCAUUACUUGGAUGCGCCGGUCCCCUACUUGAUUGGCAUCACCGAGGAGGCCUUUUCGAUUGAGGACGUCCCGCCGGAUGCCUGCUUCGUGGAUCUCGACCAUGGGGAGGUGUUCCUCCCGCCGGCCGAGGAUGCCGGCCGCUUGAGUGGCACCGGCCUCGGCGGCGGCGGCGGCGGCGGCGGCGGCACCGGGGCCGGGUAUGUUCGCGGCGGCAGUGGCGGCGGCACCGGGGCCAUGGAGGCCGUGCUGCCGGUCCUGCCCGCACGCGAGUAUGCCGUCCUGUCGUCCAGUCUGAAGAUGAUCUGCAAAGGGCUGGCGUCCAUUUCGGACGUCGACCUGGACCGCACCGUGCGCCAGUGCUUUGUCAACUUCUUCGCCAGCCUCCUGUCGGAACACACGAGCUACAUCCUGCCGACGGUGCUCAGCCGAACUGGCACUCGCCUGGCGGUGACCAUGUCCGACACGGAUACCACCAGCGGGGACUCCUUCCUGGCCGGGCAAGCCUCCGGCACCAGCCUGGCCUUCGAUGUGGAGGGCUUCGUGUCGGAGCAUCCCCCCGAUGCGGCGGCCUUCCUGCGUGAGUUCAUGGGCUCCCCCACGCAAAUGUGGGCCAAUUACCUGGACGACCGUUUGGACCUGGACCAGGAGGCCGAGGCCGCCGGGCUCGGGGCCUCUGCCCCCGGCCUGCCGCCGCCCCUGUCGCCACUGCCCUCUUCCGGUGGCGGGGCCGACUCCGGGGCCGGGGACUCGGCCAAGGCCGGGAUUCUUCGACGCCGGGCCAUCCGCCAGCAUGGCCUCCGGCUUUUCGAGCACUUCAUCCACCAGCAUCGGACAUCCGGGUCGGUGAACUUGGCCCCGCUGAAAUUCGCCUCCAGCAUGCCGGUCUCCCCCCGGGCGCCGACCUGGGCCAAGGGCAGUGGCUCGGCCGAUGGUGCGGCCCUGGGCGGACGCUUCCCCAAGUGGGCCAGUCAUCAGGUGCCCGGCCAACGGACCCGCACCAAGAGUGCCAUCUUCCUGGCCAAUCGGCUGAACCGGCGAAACAGCAUCGACACCGGGCUGGCAUCGGGGCGGCAGGCCACGGCGGCCCCGGUGCCGACCGAGCUGCAGCUGAGUGAUUCGCAAUUCCGGCGGAUGCUCCUGGAGGCGGCCAAGGGCGCCAUCAGCAGCAUCAUUGUCCGGGGCCGGGCCAGCGGUGCCAGCAUCCUGGAGGCCUCUGGGUCUGGGGCAGCCGCCGGCGGCGGCGGCGGCGGGCCCGGGGGGCUCCCCCCAUCGCCACCACUCGGCCCGAUGCCGAUCAUCACGGUUUCAAGUGCCACAUCGCAUCCCUCGGCGACGGCCAGCGGCUCGGGCAGCAGUGGGACCGGAUCGUCCGGCGGCCUCGGGGCGUCAUUCCUCCGGCGCUUCAGCAGCACCUCGGCUGGCGGCAAUGGCAAUGCCCCAUCGGGCCCCGGUGGGGGCUCCUCCGCCGGCGGUCUUCCCCACUCGGCCAGCAUGUCCAUCUCCGGGGUUUUCGCCUCCGAGGCGGUUGGCCCUGGCGGGGCGGCGGUCGACCCGCUGAUGAUCGGCCGACCGCGGGGCUUCAGUGACGAGCGUGUCUUCCGGCAGUUUAGCACGGCUCUCGAGCGUAUCUUCAACCAUGGUGCCAUCGAUUUGGCGUCCAGCGGAUCGAUUUGCAUGCCGGGGAUUGGCAAUGCGAUGUCGGUGACCACCUCUCGGACGAAUAAUGGGCUCUGGCUGUUGGUUCGCUCGGCGGCAAAGAGCAACCCCCUGGUCCAGGCCGAGGUGGCGAUCCUGGAACAGCGGCAACUCCGACGGGUGUUCCGGUCCGGGGUCGGUCUUGGACGCGCCUGGCUGCGGCUGGUCUGUGAGCGGGGCGAUGUUUACGAGGCCAUUGAGCGCGUGGUCAGCUACCCGGACUUGAUUCGGACCCACUACGCUCCCACGGCCUUCUUGCGGGAUGAAAAUUCGCGCUUCUCCCUUCUCGCAUCGCUGGUGGGCUUGCUGGGGAUCGACUUCACCGGGCUCUUCAGCUCGCGCUUUGGCAUUUCGCCGCAGGACGUGACCGAGGAGUUUUCCCCCAUGUCCACGGCCUCGUCAUCGUCCUCGCCGACAAGCAUGCACGGGCAGCCCUUUGCCGGGUCGCCGGUGGCUGGCGGCCCGGCGCCCCCCUUCGGUGGGAGUUCCACCCCUCCCGGUGGCAUCGGCCCCGGCGGGGGCGGCGGCGGCGGCAGCAGCAGCAGCAGUGCCGGCGGCUUCCUGACCCCGACCAAGCGCCGGGUUCUGCAACGCCGCGGGUCCGGCGGCGGCAGCGGCGGCGGCUCCAAGACCUCACUGUUUGGCCGGGCGCGCAAUGGGACUCCCGGGGGCGGCCCCCCUUCACAGGCCGGGUCCGGUGCCUCCAGCGCCACGUCCUCCACCAGUCACACGGCGGCCCUGCUGCUGGGACCAGACUUGCCCCUGCCGGCCAUCGAGUACCGGGCGCUGGUGACCCAGCGAACGGGGAGCUUCCUGCGUGGGCGGCGAGUGCUCCAAGCCCAGAAGGCCGAGACGGCGGUUUCGCGCGGAUCCUCCACCUACGUGACGCACAUGUCCUCGCGCGGGACUCCCUGGAACAUCCAUGCCAUCCCGAGCACCCUGUCCACCCCGGUGGCGGUCAUGUCGCCGCUGUUGAUGGUCAGCUCGCCGCGCGGCGGCGGAGCCGGCCCGGCGGGGGACCCGGCGGCCGGCGGCCACUUGGACUCCCCUUCGCCCGGGUGGUUUUCCUCCUCCUCCUCCUCGUCAGAUGCCGGGGCCGACAUGGCGCCCUCCGCCGGGCGCGGGCUCUUCCCCCCGCCGGGCUCCGGGCAAGCGGCGCGCGUGCGCAUUCAGACCGACCCAUCGGCCCGGCUGUCAAGCAACUUCAGCGAUGGGGGCGGCCCGUCGCCGCGGAAUUCCAUCGGCUCAGCCCAUGAGGCCGGGGCCGGCGGGGCGUCCUCCUCUUCCUCCUCCAGCAGUCGGUUGAAGUCCUUCCUCACGCGUACUUUCUCCUCCUCCUCCUCGGCUUCCAAGCGUGCAUCCAUCUCCGGCACUUCGACGGGUGGACUCUCCGAUGGGGCAUUCUCCUCGGCGGCCAUCUCCAACUCCUCUACCGCCGAGCUGCCGGAGUCCUUCUUCGCCGCGGAGUGACGGCCUCGUCCGUGCACUGUGCGCCCGCGUGUUCUCCUGGUGUCCGGAAGGGGGGGGGGGGGGGGGGGG